AUGUUGCCUUCAUCAACUUGUGAUGGUGAAUUAAUAUUCACAGAAUCUCCACCUCCUCUGUUAGAUUCUUCAUCACCAUUAACUAACAAUAAAACACCAUCCUCCUCUUCAUCUUCUUCAUCUUCUCCAAUCACUGAAUCACCACAAACUUCUAACAGUGACAUUUCAUCAAUACGAUCCGAUAGUAAAACUUCAUCACCUUCAAAAUCACCAUCAAAAACUAAAACUAGGAAAAAGUAUGUAAAAAGAGCAUGUGUAAAUUGUAAACAAUCUCAUGCAGCUUGUGAUUCCGAAAGACCAUGUAAACGAUGUGUAUCACUAGGUAUGGGAGAUAAAUGUGUUGAUGCAGUUAGAAAGAAAUCAAAGAAUGAUUCUUCUAAUGAAGAAAAGAGAAAGAAACAAAAACCAAAUGAAACUCAACCAUCAAAUCCACAAUUUCCAUUCUACAAUCCAAUGGAAAAUAAUUUAAUGACACCACCAAAUACAGCAUUAAUAGGAAAUCAAAUGUUAAUGAUACCAAUGCUAACUACUGCAACUGUUCCAACUAUUCCAAUUAAUGCUCCAUCUUCAUCCUCUACCAAUUCCAUUAAAUCACAACCACCAACCCAAAGUAAUUGGAAAUGUUCUCUCACCUUUUUUACCUCCUUCUUCUCCUUUAGAUUUUCUAUCAGAAACUCAUUCACCAGUCAUUACGAAUUUUCCUGA